AUGGUUCGUUGGCCUUGGCUAGUCGUAUUUGCGGCCGUUUCCUCUGCCAAAGAGCUCAUACAGCUUUCUGUCAGCGAAUAUCAAGAUGGGACGUGCGAGCUACUGUCCAUUCGUACUGUUCAACACCGUCGAGAGGGCAUAAACCCCGCGAAGACGCAUGUGGAGCGACAAAUACAGCCACAAGAACCAGGCAACGAACCGUGGACUUUGCUGCGCAUAUAUGGAUCCUCCGAAGAGGAGGCACUGGCACAACUCGAUGUAGAGUGCAAGCAUCGACGGGCUAGGAAAUUUGACGCCAGCAAAGGGAUUGAUCCAGAACAGCGCGUUAUGGGAUUUAGCGAGCGUCUUUCUUGGGAGAACCCACUUCCUCCGCCACCGUCGCUCAUCGUCAAGCCUCUCGUCCUCUCGGGACCUUCAGACAAUCGAGUGGAUCUAGUCUUUUUUGGAGACGGCUAUACACCUUCUGAAGAAGCCAAGUUCUUCGCGGACGCGCUACGGCUGGCCGAAGACAUUUCAGCGAACCAAACUUUUAGCUCUGUUAAGCCACUACUCAAUAUCUGGGCCGCCUAUACUCCCAGUAACUUUAGUGGGAUCGGAACAGACUUGGAACCGAGGGAUACAGCAUUCGGUCUGUAUCGUGUUGGCACUGAGCUAAGAGCCAUUUACUGCGCAAAGAAACCCGUCGCCAGAGCUGCGUGUGCAUCGCUGGGCCCUGGUUGCAAUUUUCCAAUUCUUCUAGCCAACAGCGAGUUUUACGGAGGUCUUGGUGGAGAGUUCAGCAUAACGACUUCGUCCGUUUUGAAUGGGGCAUUGGUGCUCCGGCACGAAUUGGGACAUUCGAUUAUUGACGUUGGGGAGGAAUACGAUGGUGGAUACGCAUAUUAUGGUCCAAAUUCAUCUCCCAUUCCUCCAACCAUCAGCAUCAAAUGGUCGCAUUGGCUUGACUCACCUGCCCCAACUGCUCGCGCCGAGCGCGCAAUCUCGCCUCUUCAAGCAUAUCCCUGGACCAUACUUAAUGCGUCCACACCCUAUACAGCCCUGUUUGACUCUUCCGGGCUCUUCAGCUGGCACAUGGUCCGGUUCUCGCUGUCCGGCUUUCCAAAGAAACAUGAUCUGACGGUUUUGCUGGAUGGAGAGAAUAUCGGUUGGGAACCAAGACCGGACAUAGGUAUGGAUAGGUGGCACUACGAUAUCAAACGGCAGAAAGCUUUACUGCCCGGACAACAUAACUUGACUUUCUCUGUGGCCGAGGAUGCUCAAGUCAGUCAAGGCCAAUUAUGCAGUUUUGAGAUUAUCGAAUAUGGAAAUAGCUCCGAGUUCAAUAACACCGAGGGUCACAUCGGCGCUUAUCCUACUUUCUCUAUGUGGAACGGAACAACGUACCGACCGACAAACGAGGGCUGUCUGAUGCGUCAAGUUGUUCUGCCCUCCUUUUGCCGCCCGUGCUUGGAAGGCUUGUGGCUCCAACUUCUCAGACGCGUGGAAUUGAUCGAUGAUCUCACUGCCAUUCGCGACCGUACCGGUAGCAAUAUCUUUAUCCGAGCGACACCAGUUAGGCUCGGGCAACUCCGGGAUGAUCCCCCUGCAAACGCGGAGACCCUAGAAAUUUCCUGGACAGUAAACGGAACAACACUCGGAUCAUUCAAAAACCAGACACAAUUUAUACUGCCAGUUUCCGAGGCCGUCGGUGAUUGGACAGUCACAAUACAGUUACAUACGGACCAGAUGUACAGUAGUAUGAGCAAUCUAUACAUGCUUCCGAGCGAUCAAGAAGAGUGGACAAGACUGAAUAUUCUUCAUACUUGCUUUCUGCUUGGAAUUGGCGAAUUAUACCCAGAGGCGCACCUCGUCCAUAGAAAACUGACAUCUCAAGUGCCGAACGAAAGGACAGUUCUCGACCUCGGAUGUGGAAACGGUCAAUGGAUGACUGAAUUAGGACUUAAAUUCCCAAAUGCUGGUGUGACGGGGGUGGAUCUCACGCCGUGUCCACUCAGACCAGACACAAGUGCCAACUGCACAUUCGAACUUGACAAUGUCGACCUCGGACUAUCACACUUUUUUGAUCAAUUUGACGUCGUGCAUGCGCGAUGUAUAGCCCUUGGAAUAUCUGACUAUCGACGAAUGAUAGAGGAAGCUGUCCUAUGCCUAAAACCCGGGGGAAUGCUAGUGCUGGUAGAGCUUGACUGGCAGGUAUACGAAGAAGACAAGAAGACACCAGCAUCUGAAUUUUCCGAAGCCUCCCUUAGUGGUAGCGCAUUACAACGCAUAUUUCGGGAAUCGAGAACAGCAACCAUCCAUAACGGCAGCGGACUAACUCAAGCCUCUAAUGCACUUUCCGAGGGUUUAUGGGCCUGUACGCUUGCCGACCCGCAGACUUGCAAAACAGCGGACCUCUGGUUUCCAAUCGGCAAUCACAGUGAUGGCACGAGCUCUUAUAUAGUGCAGUACACAGCUGAUAUAGCUAAUAGUGACGGCAAAUUCCCGCCGAGUGCAGAUGGCAGCUACCUUGAUGCGGCAGAAUCUAGCGGUCAGUCCCUUGCCCGCCUCCCCGUGGAUUCUCAGCAACUCUAUUUCCAGGCUUUACAUCGAGGGCUACAUCGUCUCCUGAAAGACUCGGGGAGAGCCCCUGCUGAACUUGAGACCUGGUCGGAGCUGGCUGAUGCAGAGUUGAGCAGUACCGAGAAUCUUCGCUGGGUUCGCUUUCAAUACUGUUGGGGUCGGCGACAUUCAGGCCUUGACGAACCUGUAACUCCGCCAACGACCAUCGAAUCAACAGAGCAAACCCAACGAGUCUCCUUUUCGAUCCCAGGAGAGAUUGGAUCUGCAGCGACAGCUCACAUUCAAGACAUUCACCAAGUACUGGCAAGCGAUCCCGCCUAUCCGUAUUUCAUUGUCUACGAAAAGCAGGCCGAUUCUCUUAGAGAGCGCGAAUAG